AUGAAGCCAGGAGCGCCUCAAAGUCCAGCCUGCUGGUGACGGACACUAACAGAUGAGCAAGGAGCUGGCAGCAAUGGGGCCUGCAGCCUCCGGGGAUGGGGUCAGGACUCAGACAGCUCUGCACUCGGUGCCGGGCUCCGGAGUCGGCCUGCAUGCCUACGACAUCGGGGCGGUGGUCGUCUACUUCGUCUUCGUCCUCGCCGUGGGGAUCUGGUCGUCCAUCCGCGCCAGCCGAGGGACCAUUGGCGGCUAUUUCCUGGCGGGCAGGUCCAUGAGCUGGUGGCCAAUUGGAGCAUCUCUGAUGUCCAGCAACGUGGGCAGUGGCUUAUUCAUCGGCCUGGCUGGGACAGGGGCUGCCGGAGGCCUUGCCGUGGGUGGCUUCGAGUGGAAUAUGAGGAAACCAAGGCCUGGAGGAGGCAGAGGGACUCAUCCCAGGUCACACAGAAGAACUGGGACCAGGUCCCAGGCAACCUGGCUGCUCCUGGCCCUGGGCUGGGUCUUCGUUCCCGUGUACAUCGCCGCCGGUGUGGUCACAAUGCCACAGUACCUGAAGAAGCGAUUCGGGGGCCAGAGGAUCCAGGUGUACAUGUCCGUCCUGUCUCUCAUCCUCUACAUCUUCACCAAGAUAUCGACUGAUAUCUUCUCCGGAGCCCUCUUCAUCCAGAUGGCCCUGGGCUGGAAUCUCUACCUCUCCACGGGGACCCUGCUGGUGGUGACGGCUGUCUACACCAUUGCAGGGGGCCUCACGGCUGUGAUCUACACAGAUGCUCUGCAGACGGUGAUCAUGGUGGGCGGAGCCCUGGUCCUCAUGUUUCUGGGCUUUCAGGAGGUGGGCUGGUACCCAGGCCUGGAGCAGCGGUACAGGCAGGCCAUCCCUAAUGCCACAGUCCCCAAUACCAUCUGCCACCUCCCGCGGCCUGAUGCCUUCCACAUGCUUCGGGACCCUGUGAGCGGGGACAUCCCUUGGCCAGGUCUCAUUUUUGGGCUCACAGUGCUGGCCACAUGGUGCUGGUGCACAGAUCAGGUCAUCGUGCAGAGGUCUCUCUCUGCCAAGAGUCUGUCCCAUGCCAAGGGAGGCUCAGUGCUGGGGGGCUACCUGAAGAUCCUCCCCACGUUCUUCAUUGUCAUGCCUGGCAUGAUCAGCCGUGCCCUGUUCCCAGACGAGGUAGGCUGCGUGGACCCCGACAUCUGCCAAAGGAUCUGCGGGGCGCGAGUGGGGUGUUCCAACAUCGCCUACCCCAAGCUGGUCAUGGCUCUCAUGCCCGUUGGUCUGCGGGGCCUGAUGAUCGCCACGAUCAUGGCCGCCCUCAUGAGCUCACUCACCUCCAUCUUCAACAGCAGCAGCACCCUGUUCGCCAUCGACGUGUGGCAGCGCUUCCGCAGCAAGGCAACCGAGCAGGAGCUGAUGGUGGUGGGCAGAGUGUUCGUGGUGUUCCUGGUUGUCAUCAGCAUCCUCUGGAUCCCCAUCAUCCAAAGCUCCAACAGCGGGCAGCUCUUCGACUACAUCCAGUCCGUUACCAGCUACCUGGCCCCGCCCAUCACCGCCCUCUUCCUGCUGGCCAUCUUCUGCAAGAGGGUCACCGAGCCUGGAGCCUUCUGGGGCCUCAUGUCUGGCCUGGGUGUGGGGCUUCUGCGCAUGAUCCUGGAGUUCUUAUACCCAGCCCCAGCCUGCGGGGAGGUGGACCUGCGGCCGGCUGUGCUGAAGGACUUCCACUACCUGUACUUUGCGCUCCUUCUCUGUGGGCUCACGGCCAUCGUCAUCGUCACUGUCAGCCUCUGUACAACCCCCAUCCCUGAGGAGAAGCUCGCUCGCCUGACAUGGUGGACGCGGAACUGUCCCCUCCCUGAGCAGGAGGAGGCCCAAGAGAGCACAUGGGAGCUGCCUGAGAGGCCAGCUGGGGAGUGCCCUGCAGGAGGGGGAGCGGCAGAGAACCCAAGCCAGGGCCAGGGGCAGCCCGGAGCCCCAUGCAGGUCCUGGGGAAAGCUGCUCUGGGGCUGGUUCUGUGGGCUCUCUGGGGCCCCGGAGCAGGCCCUGAGCCCCGUAGAGAAGGCUGUGCUGGAGAAGAGGCUGACCAGCAUCGAGGAGGAGCCGCUCUGGAGAAGCGUCUGCAACAUCAACGCCAUCCUCUUGCUGGCGAUCAAUGUCUUCCUCUGGGGCUAUUUUGCAUGACUCUGCAGAACUGGCUUCGGCGCAGACACAUUAAACACAGCCCAACCCGCUAGCCAUAGAGACAGGCUCUCAUCCCAUCUUGCUGUCUAAACUGGAGACCAAAGAGCUAAGACUGCAAGAUGCCCUGAAGAGCAUCCAAUCUAACCCGCACGCAUGACAAGUGGGGUAAUGGCGACCCAGGGAGAGCACCAUGUUUGCUCAGGGCCAUCCAGCAGGACUCACGUGGGUCUUCCCACUCCACACCCUUUCCAGUACAUUGCCUUACAUUCCUACCUCAAAAACACUGCUUCCACCCUCUUCUUGAGUCUAUUAAGGAACCUUCACUGCAUGUGUGUCUUGAGGUGGGAAUGUGGAGGAUACGAAAAAGAAGUAGCAAGAACCCAAGUGCACCUUUGCUCCCCCAUACCCCCGUCCUCCUCCCACUUCUAGUUCCUCUACGUCUCCCCCUCUCUAUUCUCAAUGCCCGUUAUUUUUUUUGCGGCUUGAUUUUGGCCGGGGGGGCCUUUUUUUUCCUUGGGGGGUUCCCUGUUGUUGGCCUUCGGUUCC